UUCUAAUUUUAGCGAGUGUGUGUACUGUGUUAAUGAUAUUUUCCAGUACCGUGGUCAAGAUAUGGAUAUUUAGUAUGAGCACGGAAAUCCUGUAAGCAACACGAAAACAUAAUGAUUUUCUUGUGUUCAUUUUUAAUGAUAGUGCAAGUGAUAAAUGCCAACGAAAUUAUACAAAACGGUCUUUUAGUGAACUCAACGGACAAUAGUUUUUGUUUAAAUAAUUUUUCAGUCAACAUUACAGAUGGCGAAAAUAAUAAUGGGGUUAUAUACAAAGAUGGGAUUAAUUACACCAAGGGGGAUUAUUAUGUAACUGGUGAUGGUAUUUUUGGUUGUGUUUGUAAUAUAAAAUCAUGCGUAAGAAAAUGUUGUGGCCCCAAUGAAAUAGUGAUAGAUGGAUGCACAAAUGCGAAUUAUAGUUUCACAUUUAAAAUUUAUAAUGGUACAGCCUCAGUAGUAGUAAAUGAGAGUGAUUUUUAUGUACUUUAUGACUUGGAGUGCGAUUAUGGGCAUUUUCGUUUAAACCCAAAUUUCUAUGAGCAAGAUAAUUUUUAUGUCCAAUUAAAUGGUUCACUUUACGCUCCUUAUGUAGAUGAGAGAAGAACAGUGUAUGGAAUUGAAGAAUACUGUCUUGAAACUUUUAAUGAGGGUGAUGGAAACAUAUUUUCAGCCGUGAUUUGCCUUGAAAACAACAUCGAAGAGCCACCAAAAAUUAUUAACCAUAUAGGUAUGAUAAUAUCUAUGCCAUUCCUGCUCCUAACAUUCAUCGCAUAUGCUCUUUUACCGGAUCGGAACCUUCAUAUGAAAGCUCUUAUGUUUUAUGUCAUCAACUUGAUGUUUAGUUACCUACUUCUUGUCAUCAUCCAGCUUACAGAGAGUCAAUUUGCUGAAGUUACUUGCAAAUCUCUAGGGUAUUUCUGUCUGUUUUUCUUUUUGGUCUCCUUCUUCUGGAUGAACGUCAUUUGCAUUGAUAUCUGGUGGGGUUUCAGCGGUUUAAGAGGUUUUACUGGUAGUCAGAAAACUGCAGAAAGAAAAAGAUUUAUUUUUUAUUGUAUCUACGCCUGGGGUAUGCCUGUAAUUCAUGUCCUAAUUGUUUACCUUAUCGACAGUGUGGCAAAAGAGAAUUCUGUGCUUAAACCUGAUAUUGGUAAUGGACAAUGCUUUUUGAAACGUGGUUUCCCAGAAUUACUCUAUUUUUAUGGACCCAUGGCUAUAUUAAUAACAAUAAACGUGGUGCUAUUUACUAUUACUGCAUUGAAAAUACGAAAGAUAAAAAGAGAAACUGCAAUGCUGAAAAAAGAAGACAGUAAACGCCAUUCUUAUGAAAAUGAUAGACAAAUUUUUAAUCUCUACCUUAAACUGCUUUUUGCCAUGGGUGUUAACUGGUCAAUGGAAAUAAUAUCAUGGGCUGUGAUUUGGGCAGAAGAAGCUCCUGAAGCCAUCUGGUAUUUGACCGAUUUCUGCAAUGCUAUUUACGGAGUCUUCAUUUUCUUCAUUUUUGUAUUCAAGAGGAGCAUUUGGAAGUUGUUGAAAAAACGUUACUACACAUUUAUUGGUAAACAUCAUUUGGCCCACUCCAUGACGAUGACUAACACGACAAGAGUUACAAGUUAUUCAACCACUGCUUCAACAAUGCAAGAAACUCCCCAUGGGGGCGAUAAUGAUACAAGCACAUUGAAGAAUGAAGCAUGAGGCAUGAUGGUGUUUUAGUACAGUAGCAAGAAAGUCUAAAAUUUACCAAAGAUUUAUCUAUUCUUAAAUUGCAAACUUCUAAUAAAUGUAAAAUUUGUAUUAUAUCAGAUAAUAAUUGUUGUACAUUUUUAAUACACGUAUGAUUUCCAUGACAUUAGUUUAGAAUAUUUUUAUAUUUAUAUUUUUAAUAUGAAUGACAUCCAAAAACUGUUUUCUGUAAAAUUGACAUACAUAAUUUAAUUACGAAUUAUUGAAUUUAAUUUAUGUGAAAGCAGGAAUAUGUAUUUUGUUCAAACAUACGUGUAUAAAAUCACUGAUGUAGUAUAUGUGCUUAAUUUAAACGUAAAUGUUUACUUGUCAACUUACAACAUAUACAGCAGGUAAAAAACUUAAGUCAAAAAUAAAAUUUUUAUUUUUUA